GAAUGGAACGGUUCGUGCUCGCAGCGCACUCGUAAAUCCGAAGUGUCCGCCUUUUCUCCCAGUGUGUGUUUUAAAUUCAUAAAAACCGUUUUUUUACAACUGGAAAAUAGCGCCAUAACAAAGGCUCCAGGGUUACUAAAGUGCCAAAAAUAAAGUGCAAACCAAGUCAAUAAGUUCUCAAAAACCAUACAAGUGAAAACGGUGAUAUCAGAUGAAUAUUUAUAAAUAUACCAUAAAUAAAUCGUCUUUCUAUGAUUGGAGUUUUAAAACAAACUCUUGUUUUCGGUGUAAAAGUUGAAAAAGCCUUAAUUUGCAAUAACCAACACAAUAAAAUAAUUACUAUUUACGAGAAGUCGUGAAUCAACCUUAUAGUUACUGUAUAAAAAACAAAAGCUUAAGAAUAUGUGCAAGCGGAGUGAAAGUACCCAAGAAGAUUUCUAAAAAACCAACGAAAAGCCCCAAAAAACCUCUCUGGAGAACCGCGACCCCACAGAUCUCUCGUCAUGAGCUCGUUCCUCAUGGGUUAUCCACAUGCUCCACAUCAUGUCCAGAGUCCCAUGUCCAUGGGCAAUAGCUUGGACCCGAAGUUCCCGCCGGUGGCCGAUGACUACCAUCACUACAACGGUCACUACUCGAUGACCGCCUCCACGGGCCACAUGAGUGGUGCCGUCGGCGGUGGUGCAGUGUCAGGUGUGGUGGGAUCGGUGGGCGGUGGCGGGGCAGGUGGGAUGUCGGGGCAUCCGCAUGCCAUGCAUCCGGCGGACAUGGUCAGCGACUACAUGGCGCACCACCACAAUCCGCACAGCCAUUCCCACUCGCACUCCCACUCGCUGACGCACCACCACAGCAACAGCGCGUUAUCCGGGCACCACCAGCCAUCCGCCGGCGGUUACAGCUCCAACUACGCAGCCGCCACUCCGCCCUCACACCCGCACUCGCAUCCGCACGCACAUCCGCACCAGAGCCUCGGCUACUACGUGCACCACGCGCCCGAGUUCAUCUCCGCGGGAGCGGUGCACUCCGAUCCCUCGAACGGAUACGGAGCGGCGGUAAAUGUCCCGAACACGAGCAACGGCAGUGGCGGCGGAGGAAGCGGAGCAGUUGUUGGAGGCGGAGCAGUGGGCGGAUCGGGCAAUGGAUACUACGGCGGUUACGGCGGGGGCUAUGGGGCUGCGAACGGGAGCGUGGGCAGCACCCACUCCCAAGGACACUCGCCGCACUCCCAGAUGAUGGAUCUUCCCCUCCAAUGCAGCUCCACGGAACCGCCGACAAACACGGCGCUGGGACUGCAGGAAUUGGGUUUAAAACUGGAGAAACGCAUCGAAGAAGCUGUACCUGCCGGCCAACAACUGCAAGAGCUGGGAAUGCGAUUGCGCUGUGAUGAUAUGGGAUCCGAAAAUGACGACAUGUCGGAGGAGGACCGGCUCAUGCUGGAUCGAUCUCCAGACGAACUGCUCUCCAAUGACAAUGACGACGAUCUCGGGGACUCAGACAGCGACGACGAUCUGAUGGCGGAGACGACCGAUGGCGAGCGGAUCAUCUACCCCUGGAUGAAGAAGAUCCAUGUGGCGGGAGUGGCGAACGGGUCGUACCAGCCGGGAAUGGAGCCAAAACGCCAACGCACCGCCUACACGCGCCACCAGAUCCUGGAGCUGGAGAAGGAGUUCCACUACAACCGCUACCUGACGCGUCGGCGGCGCAUCGAGAUCGCCCAUACGCUGGUCCUGUCGGAGCGGCAGAUCAAGAUCUGGUUCCAGAACAGGCGCAUGAAGUGGAAGAAGGACAACAAGCUGCCCAACACCAAGAACGUGCGCAAGAAGACGGUGGACGCCAACGGCAACCCAACACCGGUAGCCAAGAAGCCCACCAAGCGGGCCGCCUCCAAGAAGCAGCAGUCGCAGCAGCAGCAGCAGCAACAGCAGCAGUCGCAACAGCAGCAGUCGCAACAGCAGCAGACGCAACAGCAGCAGACCCCGGUGAUGAAUGAGUGCAUUCGUUCGGAUAGUUUGGAGAGCAUAGGCGAUGUGAGCUCCUCGCUGGGCAACCCGCCCUACAUACCUGCGGCACCUGAGACGGCCGGUUCCUACGGAGGACCUCAGCAGCACCUCGGCAACAGCGGCAACAAUGGCAGCGGCAAUAACAACAAUAACAACAACAACAACAACAGCAACCUCAACAAUAACAACAAUCAGAUGGGUCACACGAACCUGCACGGGCACCACCAACAGCAGCAAUCCGAUCUCAUGACCAAUCUUCAGCUCCACAUCAAGCAGGAUUACGAUCUGACGGCCCUGUAGAACGACGACUUCGGCAUUGUAAAUUAGCUAUCCCUACCAUUCUUUGUAGAAUUCUUUUUCAUUUCGAAUCAAUAGCCUUGUACUUGGGACAAGGCUAAAGACAAAUCGGAGCAUACAGUGAACGUAGUUAGUAAAGGACCGAGCAUUAGGUAGACGCGCUCAUUAUAUAAAGUUGUAAUCACGAUUCCCCACAAGCGUUGUAUAUGAGUUUUACUUAAGCACCCUAGGAUUCAGGUUUAAGAGAUUGUAUAAAGCCUAGAACGAUUCGUCAUAGCUGUUAAGUGGCAAACCCUAGCUCUAGAAUUACUUACUUGUGUAAUUACGGUAACUAUAAAUAUUAUUAACGAAACUAGUUGGCAUCUGUUGUGCGUCUCUAGAUGUGUGUAAGUUCGUACUUAUAUUUUAUGGAUAUAGAUAAAACUGAAAAGUGGAAAGUACAUGUAUCGAAAUAAAGAGAAUAUAUUGUAUACGG